UGUCAAAGUAUGGUGACACUAAAUCAGCUCGAAAUAUUUUGGUAUUAGAGCUUAAAAGAUUGAUUGAAGCAAAUCCUAUCUUUCAAGAUAAACUCACAUUUCCUUCAAUUAAAUCAUCUCGGUUAAGAACCUUGAUUAAUCAAAGUGUGAAUUGGCAGCAUCAGUUGUGCAAGAAUCCAAUGCCAAAUCCAAACAUUAAAACUUUAUUUAUUAACCAUUCUUGUUCACCUGCAAAUGGAUCUCCUUCACUUGGACAACAUGUUGGGCCAUUUACACCAUCCCAAUCUGCAUCUAAUGUUAAUACUUUAGUGGGAUGGACAUUGAAUGAGAUUCAGUCCACAUCUUCCCAAAUACCUGUAGGUGUUGCUUCCUCAUUGUCUGCUCCCACACAUCAAGCCUCCAAUGCUCUUGGAAUGUUGGAUUAUCUACACAAUGAUCAAGGACAACUAAUGACACAAAUGCGAACUACACAACGACAUGUAGAAGAGGUGCUAACAAAAGUUUGA